GGAAGAAGCUUUCAGUCCUGCCACAACUUACAAGUAUGAACAUGAAUACCGAAAAUACUGUUUCCUACUUGCCUGCAUCCACUCGCUGUAUGAUGAUUCCUGAGCUGCUAUGGAAAAUAUUCGAACAAGUCAACGUAGUUGAUCCUUUUGUAAGAAGUGUUAGAAAGACACUCUUGGCGCUCGCCUUGACGUGCAAGUUAUUCAGCGGACCGGCGCUGGACCUUGUGUGGCGAAACCUGCGUGGAUUUGAACCACUUAUCAGAUGUCUCCCCCAAAGCCUAUGGAAACAGGAGAACAGAAAGCUAGAAUUCCAAAGAACCAUGACCCUCGAUGAUUGGUCUAUUUUUUGCAAAUAUAACUAUCGCGUCCGUUCACUGGUCCAUCAAUGUCAUCAGUCGUGCAUGAGUGACAUGGUCAUCUGUGGCACUGAAAUUUGGCGUGCCCUCAGCUGUUCCCCCUUCCCCCUUCCACUGCUCCCCAACUUGACGGCCCUUACCUGGACUGAGGCUACCAACGAGACAUUCCAAUAUAUUCUGUUGUUUGUGACCCCACAGUUGACGAAGCUCGAUAUUUCCGUGGCCCGUUUUGGUAUAUCCUUCACCCUUGGCCCAUUUGAACAGUCCAUCUUUUCGUCUAUCGCAAAGUCAUGCCCUUCUGUCUCGCAUCUCAGUUUGUCUUACGAGAGAUAUGACUCCCGAAGCAUAGUUGGAGACACGUCGAUCGUGUUGCAUUUCUGGUCUCAUCUAACAUCGGUGAGGAUCGGAACGGUUUCCGAGGCAGCCAUACUACAUCUGUCCAACUUGCCUUCACUCCGAGUCUUGGAAUGUCGAUUGCCCUCAACUUCUAUAUCUACAGAUGCACAGAAGCUCCUACAGCGGCCUGUGUUCUGCGCGUUAGAAGAGCUGACCGUAACAUGCAAAAGUCCAGUCAUCUUAGAGGCUUUUUUGGAGAAGCUCACUAUCACUCCAAAAAUAUUAUCCUUUACAUUCGCUCGUGGAGUGGAUUCCGUGCGAGUCCUACCGGAUCUGAUCUCUCGUCUACCCAAUGCCUGUGCACACAGUUCACUACAAAAGGUGCAGCUCUGCAUUCUAGACGAGGAUCGGUCUGCUGAUCCCAACGUUUCAAUCGGAGCUGCCGCCUUUCAACCACUCUUUGCUUUUCGUAAUCUUCGCGUGCUCGACUUCACAGCGGACGGCUACUGUACCGUGCGAAUGGAUGAUGCUUCCCUUUUACAGAUGGCUAAGGCCUGGCCACACCUGGAAGAGCUGUACAUCUCCAGAUCCUCCCAUUCAAAUUAUCGAGUUACUCUGCAUGCCUUCGUCCUGCUGUUGUGGCAUUGCCCACGUUUACGCUCGGUUGCUGUUCUCAUAGACUGGUCCACGAUAGAUGUGCAUGCCAUACCCCCUGACCUUCCAUACCAAGGAUUUUCUCAGAAGGCACUAACCAACUUAUUUAUUAAUGGUUGGAGAAUCGAGAAUCCAACAUCAAUCGCCGCUUUCCUUUCAGCCAUCGCACCCAACGUGCGAUUCAUCAACGGAUGGGACUCUGAUAUUCAUGGGUAUGACUCGGAUGCAAUAGACAAUUCGUGGACAGUGGUUCAGAAUUUGAUCGCUACUCUACCCAUGGUCCGUGAGCAAGGGAGGAGAAUGGUGCUGAAUAGGCUGAUGCGAGGCUCAUACAACCACCGUGCCGCUGCGCAGCGGGGGGGCCGACACUGAAGAAAUCAGUGUUGGUGGUGAUGUUGAUGUUUCAAGGAAGAUGCAGGAAGUGAGGGCGACUCGGAAUACUAUGGGUCUUUCUUGAUCAAGUCACUUCUCAUCUGAGUCUCCCGACGAAUUUCUUUCCCAUC